AUGGAUUUUGUUCACUUUUGCCCUGGCGCCUUGUGGGCAGACACGCAGACGGUGUCAUUUGGCGCUCGGUUCACAAUGGUCGGCUGGCGUGCUGCUGGAAUCAACUACGUUCGCUUCUCCCAGAUCGCCGCGCAAGUGACGAGGAACUGCACCAAGAAUGCGAAGAAGGCCCCGUCGGCUACAUUGAAGAUCACUGCCUGGAAGGAUGGGAAGCCGAUCAAAGCUGCUAAGACCGAC